AUGAGUCGGGCGGAGCGGUGGCAAAGCCUGGUUUUGCUUGGCUUGAUUGUGUGCCUUGCUUGGGUGGUUGCGCUUCCGUUUGUUCCUGGUGGUGGAGCGCUGCCACCACGGACGCGAUUGCCCCAUGCAGAAGUCGUACAACCUUCUGCACACGAAGGUCACCCGAGAAUCACCGUUUCGCUUUUGGCCGCGGUGGUCGGAUUGGUUCUCUCUGCUGCUCCAUUUGUACCUGUCUACGCGCGAGAGGCAUCCGAUGCAGAGAGUGUCGAGGCUGCUUGGGGAUUUGUGAAGCGAAACUACUUUGACCAAAGCUUCAACAAUCAAGAUUGGGAAGCUGCGCAUCAGCAGUAUCUCGACCGAGCGAAGAAAGGCCAGCGUGCUGAAACCAUAGUGCGCGACAUGAUCGCUUCUUUGGGCGACCGCUACAGCCGUGUCAUCGAUGCAGCCACUUUCGAGCAACUGAUGGCAUUUGAUCCACUCGGAGUGGGGCUCGUGCUGGCUCGCAACGAUGCCAAGCAGGUCUUUGUAAGCAGCCCGCCUUUUGGCGGUUCUUCUGCCUCGAAGGCUGGCAUCAAACAGGGUGACAUCGUCGACUCAGUCAACGGCAUGAGUUUCAAAGAGAUGUCGCUGCUGGCUGUUUGCGACCGUGUCGCGCAGGAAGAUGCAGCUGAAGUGAAGCUGCAACUUCACGCGCCUGACAGCCCUGAAGUUCGUGAGGUGAGCUUGCAAAGGCCAAGACAGGCGAAGCCACUAAACCAGGUGGAGUCUGGAGUGGUGACGGCAAGAAACGACCACAAGAUUGGGUACUUUCGACUCCGAAACGUGGGAGCUCGGAGUGCUGUGGACCUGCGGGCAGCUUUGGCAAAGGUCCGAAGCGAGGGUGCGCAGGAGCUCGUUAUCGAUUUGCGUGGCAACCCAGGCGGAUCUUUUCCAGCCGCAUUGGAGAUUGCGGAAAUUUUCCUGAAACCGGGUUCUGUCGCGGCAGAGGUGAAGCUCCCGACCUCGGACAGCAAACCCCUGAGAGUGGGCGAGGAAGCAGGUGCAAAACAGACAUCGACGGAACCGCUGGCAGUGCUUGUUGACGGUGGGAGUGCCAGCGCCAGCGAGGUUUUAGCAGUGGCUUUGCGGGGCAAUUGUCGUGCGCCACUGCUUGGAUCGAAAACGUUUGGGAAGGCGGCUGUUCAAGGAGUGUUCGGACUGCCCAACAAGGAGGCUGUGGCUCUCACAGUAGCACGGUACCGCGGUCCUGAUGGAACCAGAAUCGAAGGCGGGCUAGAUCCGGAUCUGCCGCUGCCGGGCCCUUCGCUGCCCAUGGGCCUCUCGGUCUCAGGGGUGGCAGCCGAGCUGGGCCUCCCGCUGUUGCAAAGCAAUGACUACGCGGCCCUGGAUGUGCCCUCGGCGGCGAAGGACACCGUGCAUAUCCGUGCACUGCAGGGCUGCGCUCCGCUCUUGCGGAUCCGCGGGCUGACGGCUGGUGUGCUUCCGCGAAAAGGCAUCGUGCUACCCUUGGCUCGCAUCCCGUUUCUUGAUAUCGAAGUUCGCGAGUUCUCUACUCAGGCAAGCCAGCAAGGGGGGCAUGGUGCUGAACUUCGUCGAGAGGAUUUCGAAUUCACAACACUCUUGGGAGAGGGUGCCUUUGCGAGAGUUCUCCGCGCCCGCGGCCGCCAAGACGGACGCGAGUAUGCCAUGAAGAUUGUGGAGAAGAGAACGAUCCAGGUUCAAGAGAGCCGUGGCAAGCGGGUCUUCACCGAGCGCCUGAUGCUCGUGAAGAUGCCGCCGCAUCCAAGAAUCGUGAAGCUGCACUUCGCCUUCCAGGACACCUGGUCCCUGUACUUCGGCUUGGAACUUGUCUUGGGUGGUGACCUGGCCACACAAAUAGAGCGAAUGGGCACCUGCUCCUGGGACUUCACACGCUUUUACACUGCGGAGAUCAUUGACAUACUCUCGUACCUCCGCCAGUGUCGGGUGGCACAUCGAGAUCUCAAGCCGGAAAACUUGCUUCUGACCUCAGAAGGUCACUUGAAGCUGGUAGACUUUGACGCGGCCAUGCAGGUGCCAGACGAGGGCGAGGGUGAUGCCGCUGGUGGGCGAGCUUCCGGAGGAGAGUUUCCUCCCGCCGAAAGCUUCGUGGGCACUGCGCUGUAUGUCGCUCCAGAGGUUCUUCUCGGCACGGCUGAGCCCCAGCAGGCGUUUGCCUUGGAUGUCUGGGCUUUGGGAUGCAUUGUCUACUUGAUGACUGUCGGGAGAACACCAUUCCACGCAGAGUCAGAAUACCUGGUUUUCCAGCGUGUGCAAGCCCUCGACUAUACAUGCCCUCCACGGGUGUGGAAGAAGGCUCGGCAGUUCAUCGAGGGCCUGUUGCAGCUCGCACCGUGGCAACGCCUUGGUGCGGGCGAGGAGGGCGUGGCUGACCUGCAGCAGCAUGAGUUCUUCAGUCCUGUGCCCGACCCAGAACGACAAGUCGAACAGCCUCGGACUGUGAAGCGUUUCUUCGCUCUCAAAGCUCUCACAGAAGGGAAGGCUACGACGACAUCCACAGGUGCGCACGUGGCAGACUCCUCCACCACGGAUGUCGCGGCCUUUGAUGACCCUGCCUCAGCCCGGCACUUCCUGCGACUCUGUGGAAGAAUCGUGACUUGUCCACAGGACCGGAGGAAUUGGUGCGACCCAGUGCUGGGUCUGGUUUUGUGGGCUUGUCUGCUGAUCUGA